ACAUAACCGCGAAUCAACCGCGAAUUGUGCAAGUUCAAAAAUUAGAGAUAUUCUUUUUGAGUUUCGAGCAUCAUUGAUUUUUUUAUAUUUCUAUUUAAUCUCGUAAAACACUUCUGCAUAAUAUAAAUCUCUGAUAAAGCAUAAUAAAAAAAUAUUUCACGACAUUUGGCACAUAUAUGUAAUUGAUAAAUAAGCAAUAAUUGUGAUAACGUUACAAUAGAUUCGUCUCAUUACGUACAAUUAUGCUGAAACAAAGAAGAACGAACCUAUUUUUUGUCAAAUCUGUCAAAACUGAAUUUGAGAAAACGAAAACAGAGCACGUUGGUAGCAAUGCAUUACAAAUGUUUGCCAUUUGUUACGACUGUUGAGACGUAGUAGAUGCAUCCAAAGCGUCCGUUGUUUAUCUCAAUGUGAAACGUGCAAAUAAUUCGAUAAAGUUUUGUCGGAAUUACGAGGCAGCUAUGGAAGCUUUAUUGCCGUCUGAAAUAGCUCGAUUAGUCCUUGGUUAUUUAGAAGAUCAGAAAUGUACUGAUGCAGCUAAGUUAUUUUUGGAAACAUCUCCUCAUUUACAAGAAUGUCGUACUGUACUUUCUCAUGGAAGGAGAUUUAGCACUCGAGUCAAUGGUUUAACUUUGAUAGAUGUUAUUGAAAAAUUGUCUGCCAUUAACGCUAUGAUUCAAGAGCGAUUGAAUAAAAUCACGGACUGUGAACAAUUGAAGCAUUGUGGAGAUCUAAUAGAACAACUCAAGUUUCUUGUAGAAGAGCCACGUGGCCAACGAUUUGUUGUAAAUAUAAAUGUACCCUCACAGAGUAACACACAAACAUCAAAUGGUUCACCUACCAUCACAUGUAAUGUGCGUAAAAGACGUCAUAGUAACAGUGAACGGAUUAAACGCAUUAUUAAAUCCCAAUCAAAUGCUAUACAACAAUCGGAUAUUAUAAUGAGUCCGCCAAGUAGCCACAAUAUCGAUACAACUCCAUUAGAGAGUCUGCCUGGAAAUAUUCAUUCAUUACAACAGGCAGAAUGUAGUAUAGUCGAGAAAAGAGAUGAAAAUGUUUCACAUGAAUCUCAUAAACAAUGUGAUUUUGAUAAAAAUAACAGUGAAAAUAUUGUAUGCAACAGAAAUAAUAUUCGGAUAAGUUCAGAUGAUAUCUCAAGUAUAAGAAAUUGUGAAAUGGAUAUUGACGAUAAAAAAAAGGAAGAAAGCAGCACAGCUAACAUAACACCUAAACGAUAUACCACAGCUACAAGUACAGAAGAAUUGUUGAGUUUUUCCAGCACAGAAGUUCAAACUAUUCCUUAUGAAAUACACGAAUCAGAGUCCGAGUCGAACGACGAGCCUAUUGAAAAUCUCAGUAUAUUAACAAAAGAAAUCUUAAAUCGUACAGACUUACAAGAAUGUAUUGCGGAGAAUAUCAACAAAGCAAUCAUUCCUACAGACAUAUCUCUCAAGGAUGAGAACUUGAAUGAUUCAGUAGAAGGAAAUACUUCCAUUAUGGCCGAGUUAAAUAGUGCUAUUAAGUCAAUUGUAGAAGCAACAGAAGCCGAUCCUGUAUUUGAAAAGUUUCUCGAUGAAAUCAUCGGACCGCACACAGAGACUGAUACAAGUCCGGAGGAAGAUGGUGAAGGAAAACUAAGUCCAAAAUCUGUUAAUGAACCGCAAGAACAACAAGGAGAACCAGUUUUGAGCAAUAUUAAUUCACCAGAGCCAAUGAUAACCGAUGUGAGAGCACCUGUAGAAAACGACACAGUGGAUGUGCCUUUGAAACACAGGCUUCGCAGUUCUUCUAGACAACAAUGUAAUCGAAUUGAAGACGAAGUUGACAAAGUGAGAGAUCAAGAAAAAGAGCACAGCGCUUUGGAAGAUCAAAAUGCAGCCGCGAUAUUAAGCAUUAUUAAUGCCAAUAUUAUUAAUAACGCACCUGAAACUGAUAAAAGAACUUUUCAUGAUCCAAAAGAAUCAGUAGUCACAAACGACAACAGUGGACAAAAAAUCCAAACGAUGGUAUCUACCUUAGAUAAAGAUGACAUAUCUUUAGCAUCAGUUCAAAAACCAAACGAUAUUAUGCCAUCGACAAGUAACACCGUACAGUCGAAGGUUAGGAAACCAACAGUGAAGCGACCAAGAGCUACGAAACCUAAACGUGAUCAAGCGAUCAGUAACAGUCAGCCUAUAACGGAACAAGAAAUCAUGACUAUGCCAACAUUAAUACUAUGCUCGAAAGAAGAAGUAAAUAAUCUUUUGAUAAAUCGUUCGUCAACCAUUAAAUCGAGUUCUUCGCGUUUUAUUCCGAUCGCUCCGAAAGAUUCAAAUAAAAUUAAGGAAACUGUGGAAACUGUGUAUUUAAAAACGGUAAAUGUAGCACAGAAACCGAUAGCCGCAACACAGCCUGUUGUAGUGGAAGAAGCAAACAAUUUCGUUAACCAAGUGCUACCGCAAGGGAAAAAUAGCAAAAUUAGCAAAGAAUUAAAAACUGUGCCCAAAUUUGAUACGACAGUACCUGUCACUAUUAUUAAUCAACAAGUUUUAGAUCAGCCACAGAUAAUAGAAUCGAUGUCAACAGGUAAGAUCGCUGGAGAUGAAUCGAUAACGCUUUACGGCAAUGAGACCAGUGCGAAAACGUCAUUGGACGGCACUAACAUGCCUAUGAUCAAUCUGGAGGAAAAUAUCAGCAUGUCGGAAAGCGGUCUUUCUCCAUAUCUGAAAUUCAAUUGUAACAAAACCAACCAAAGUCACAAUCUCUCGGACAUUGAUUUAGCACCCAUGAUGGAAAACGCGAGAAAAAGAUCAGCGGAUAACGAUGCAACUGAGAAGCAGCAGUCGCCUAACGCCGAUAUUAUUGCUAAACGCACGCCGAAGUCCCUGUUAAAAAGUAGGUCCAAAAAUCAUAGAUUAAGUUUGUCCACACCGCGUAAGCGAAGCAGUCACGUGAGAGCGCUUGACUUUAGCACUCCCACGAUGAGCUCUGCUAGGAAAGCGAGCGGUGAAGGUAACAACACUCAAUUCUUGUCUUCGUCAACAAAACGUUUGAAAUCUGUUUGUAGAACCUCGUUGUUUAGAUCACCACUGUCUAGUACUUCCACUCAGAAACAAAAGAGUCCAAUCAAAGUUUGUCAACCUUAUAGAAUUCCCAUAGCCACUAGAAGUCCUGCACCAAAACUCAUGGGUGGUUGGGACAAAUAUAACGGUGUUGGUGUUAUUAUAGGUGAAGUAUCUCCGCAUGGGAGUGCAUCUUGUUCGUCCUCCGAAGAUAAGACUGUUCAGCACAAGCCUUCUAAAGCGGUAACGGAAAGUUGGGAUGCUGAUUUACGCAAAAGUAUACAAUUGAAUAAGAAAGACGAGGUUGUGACUAAGAAACCUGGGAAGAGGAAGAGAGAUUCUAUUAAAGAGAAGAAUGAUGUACACAUGAAUGCUAAAUACAGUCCACGGUCAACUAAGAGCAAAAAGAGAAAAACUAACAAAAUAGAUAGGAAGUCCAGCCACGAUGCGGAAAACAUCGAAGAGAACGAAACAGAAGAGAAUUCCCAAGACAACACAUAUCGCACUGCUGCGAUAACAGAGGGAAAUAACGAGGAAGAAAAUUUGAAGAAGACUGUUAUAAACACAGCAGAUUCUACCACGAAUAAACCGGCCAAAGUUUUGAAAUCAGCCAGUAUUGACGAGACAUCGGUAGAGAUAAACAGUACAAGCGCACUUAACAGCAAUACGGUGAUUGAGAAGAAACCUGUGAAAAAAUACGCACAAUUAAAAACGAUAACGACCAAUUUAAGGAAGUCUGAUGAUCAAAUGAAAAAGAAAACGGAAGACGCGCAGAUUUCCGAGAUCUCGAGAAUUUUGUCUGUCGACAGUACACAGCACACCUGCUCGAUCUUGCGACUGCCUGAUAUGAUUAGCUUAGAGACACCUAGGAAGUUCGACAAUAUGUCUGGUCCUCCGCCGACACCGAGAGUUCUAAGUCCUAGUAGCAAUAUCGUCACGCCGUUCAUCAAAAUUAGUGAAGACUCCAGUAAGAUACGUAGCUUUAUUACCACGCCGGAAUUUCCGAUAACUCCGUGCGUAGCUUUAACUCCGAAGGAAGAGACAACUAGGGAUAUUAAGGGUGAAUACAAUUCUUCAUAUUACAAACCGAAAUCUGAACAAGUUCAGGACUCUGAAUUGUCUAAGCCUAGAGAUAGCAGUUUACAGGAGUCUCCUAUUAUAUCGUCAUCGCACAUAUCAUUACAUUCGACGCACAAUAGCCUUACAUCUGGCAAUACUUAUCAGACCUCUAAAUUAGAGAUAACGCAGUUCGAAGUGAUUAAGGAGAACUUGCCAAGGGAAGAGGCUAUAAAGGAGCUCAAAAUUGCAUCCAGUUCGAAAGAUUCAGAUCUCAAUGCGUCUAUUGUCAUAGAUCGCCAUGUAGAUUUAAUAGAGAUAAAUGAAUUUAAAGGCGUAAGUGAGAUAAACGACAAUUACGUUGCGGAUUCCCACAACAAUCCUCACAACGAUUCUGCGGAGAGUAAUAGCUCCUCGUCGUCUGACACUUCGUCAUCGUCUUCGUCAUCGUCUACAUCCAGUUCGAACACGGAUACGUCGACGUCGGGUUCAUCAAAUUGCGACAAAGCACAGAGUAAAACGAGCACGGACACCAGCAAUGAUUUUGCGGAGAAAGGCAUUAACGCAUCCAAAAACGAGCGAUCGACUGAUAUACCAAUCGAUACAUGUAAAAAAUCCGAUAACGAUCUGAUCGAAGAACAAGAAUCAUCACCGCAGAAAGUAUUCGCGAUCGUAAAAACUGAUGAGCAGAUAGAAGCCACGAUGAAGGAAACUCCCGUCAAAGAUGAAACUCUGUUAAACGAGGCCGUUAUUUCGGAAACGCCUAGCAGCUCGAAAAGCGGAAUGGAACAUUUCACUAAUUUGUCGACAAAGAUAUCGGCCAUUAUAACGGAAGACGAAAAAUUGUCAAAAGUGAGCAAACCGUCGAAGGAUAACAAUAAAAUUCAAAUCAACAAGUUGAAAGCAAAGCCGAAGAUAAUAAGCAUGCAAUAUAUUCGACCAGGAUCAUCGAAGAUUGUCAUCGAGCCUGAAAAAGAGCCCGUUAAAGACCAUCAUCGACCCGAACACGAUAAAGUCAUGCAGCAAUUAGAAGAAAAGCGGCAACGCAUGAUCGCAAAGAUUAAGGAUACUUCAAAACCGAAUCUUUCUAAAGUGACGAAGCGUAAAUGCAUUUCCAACGCUCUGAAGAAGAUUGGCAGAGAACCACGAAAGACACUGCCAAUUCCAAAGUCUUCUCUCAAGAAGAAUGCUAAUAAAGAUGUCAAUAAGAAUGCGAAGUGUGAAGAUAAACCACAAAAAAUUUCGACAAUAAAUACUCGGAAAAGAUAUCAGCAGCAAAAGCUGAAUUUCGUACAUAAAUGCUGUGAUAACGAAGAAGACAGGAAGAAGAAUGCCGAAUUGAAAAAUGCAGCUUCUAACUUAACAAAUUAUGGAAAUAAACCACUCAAUGAUUAUACGAAAAAACAAUCAUAUAAAGGUAACAUCUGUGCGGAAAAUAAUUUGGCUAAAAAUCAGAAUAAAGAAAGCGAAUCCUUACAGUCGCAUAAAACUUCUUCGUCGGAAAAUCAAGAAUAUCUAAAAGAAAAAUCGAACGUUAAGGAAAAUACGGAGAAAAGCUGCAGCGUCAAAAGUAAUAGCACCAAAGAAGAAGGAGAGAAACUUCAAGAUAAUACCAAAAAUGCAAAAAGCUCGGAACAAGAAGUGACUUCCACUGAACAUAUUGUACAAAAAACAUCAACUGCAGAUAAGGCGAAACAGGAAAUUUGUGAUCAACCGGAAGAUAAAACGAAUAAGCCGAGACACUUUGCAAGUCACCCCGACAAGUCUGAAUGUUUUAAAAUAUUACGGUACAAAGUGGAUCAAGUAAAGCGCGACUUGUUUAGCGACGAGGAAAGUGAUCACAGAUCAUCUUCAGCCGUAAGCGUGAAAACUAGCAAGGAGGUGAUUAAUACGGAAACCGAAAACCUUGAUCUCAUUGAAAUUCCAAGCAAGAGGGAAAACGUUAAUCCCGAAAAUCCCAAGCAAGAAUUGUCGUCUGUUCUUCAGUGUCUGCGAUUAGUGCCGGCAUACAAAAAUGAGAAUUUGCACAAUGGUGAAAACCAGAUUGAAGAGCAACAUGAGGAACAGAGUGAAUAUGAAAACAAGGACAAUGUCAACAAUGAAUUACACCAAGCAGCCAAUAUUCAUCAUUACAAAGCGGAGUAUCAUUUUGUGCACGAUGACAGUGCACCGAUAAGAAAGAGAAGACGAAGGUACAGCGCACAUGAGCUACAAAUCGAAAUCAAUCACGCUGAUGUUUCCGAUCCAAAUAUUUCCAGUCCCAUUGAGUGCAUUAGGAUAAUGAAAGCCUCCGACUUUGAGGAAAUAUUUAAUCUAGCGCCGAAAUCUAAAAAACGGGCGAUAAGCAAGAGAUCACCCACCAAAAAUGAUAAAGGCAACGAAAUGGACAAAGAUGCGUUUACUUUAAAAGAAGCUGCGAAACCUUUGGCUACCUCAUCUCCUGUAGAGCCUCCUACAGAUAAGUUAUCAAAAACUAAAUUAAAGAAGAUGAUUACUAAGACUGCUACGACAAACAGAACUGACACCAAUACGCAAUCCGAAGCAAGGAAGAAGCAAAAAGUUGAUAAGCAUCAGGAAAAAGUUUCAGAUACUGCCAAAAGUCGGAAGAGGAAACUGUCGGAAACAAAAGAAACGAAACAGAUUGAAAAAAAGCCGUGCUUAAUUGAUCCACAAAUGUUGCUUAAUAACAUGAACAAAGAAGAUCUGAAUAACCUUCUGGAUAAAGUUCAUGGACCUGUAUAAAUGCUCUCUAUGAUGUACAAAUGUACAAUUUGUUUUAAUUACUACACUCUUGUAUAUAUAUAAAUAUUGCCCUUCUGCGUA